AUGUACACGACGAGAAUGCGAACCCACCCGGCACUACAAACAGGAUCGAGUAGUUUGGAUAAAGAAAUCAGGGAAAUUAUCGAAAGUGGACAAUAUUAUUACACGGCUGAAAUCGCAACAGAACUGAAUAACAUCAGUAAUGCCUUAGAUCAUAUCCUGUUGGACAGUAACUUCUUAACAACUUCUCCAGAUUGGGGAAGUAAACUCAAUGAUGAGGAGGCUCGCGGUGCUGGUGCCAUACUCAUUAAGAUAGCUGGAUUCUUAAAUGAAUAUAAAUCUGUAAUGGCCAACAGGGCAAUAGAAAUGGCUCAGGAAGUCAACAUUAGACAAAAUCACCACUGGGCAAUGGAAAACCUUUUAAAUCUACAACAGGAACUAGGGCCAUACACUGAGUGUGCAGCUGACCGUGUAAGACAAUUUGGUGACCAGGUUGGUGUGACUGAUCGAUACACUGGUUACAGAAAUAAUUUGACCCGUGGCUCAAGGCAGCCUUUCCGCAUGUCUACUUCCUGGAUGGACCAAAGUGCACCACAGGGCUACAUAGAUACACAGCGACCAAGCACAGCAGGUUAUUUUACUCCAAGACAGAUAACAAGCAUGAUACCUCCCCGUGUGAAAUCAGCAGCCUUAGGGUCACGGGUCCAUUUUGCACAAGGAAGUGGACCUCAAAAGAUCACCACACGAGGAUACAGGACAAUUGACACACUUUACCCAUUUAGUAGCAGCGUUGGUCAAGAAAAUCCACCAUCCUACAGCCAGAAACUCCUGGAACUCAAGAGCCAGAACACAUACAACGCCAACUCCUCUGGUCUACAGCGUCCAAAGAUGACAUCACCACACAGCAUGCAGACACUUUCUGUACAGGAACAGGCAGGCAUCAACACAACCUUCCCUGGAAGGACAGAGUACAUGACCAAAUAUGGGCGCCCUCCAAUGGAUAUACCAACUAGUGCCUUCAACAUCAACCCUUCCCCUGACUUCACCCUGCAUCAGCGACCCCUAGGUCGUGCCACCUAUGACCCUAGCAACACAGAAUAUCAAGUACGAUAUGACUGGCCUGACAGUGAAAAAAUAGUGAGGAUGCCAUGGUUGAGAAAGUGAUGCACUUGAAGAACUUUCAAAAGACUGAUUUUCAAUAAUAGAAUGGACAUCAUAUAAAUCAUGAAACAAACACGAACUUAAGGCAAAUAGAGCACUGAAUAGCAAUGUUGGACACUUUCAG